AUGGCGGAAAAGACGGUCUUGCCCACAGUCCCAUUGCUAACGGGUGAUAAUUACUUCAAUUGGCGUAUGAAGAUGGAAUCGGUCUUGCAAUUGAGAAGAUUGACACGUGUUCUCUCGAGUGACCGACCGUCAGGUGACGACAAAAAGAAGGAGAAAGAGGACUGGGACGAGAAGAACGCCGAUGCAGUAGCCUGCAUUCGCCUAUCACUUAGCGACAAUCAAAUUUUGCAGUUCGCUAAUGAGACGAACGCCAAACGACUAUGGAAAGCGAUACACGAUACAUAUGCCGGACCUGCAGAGGAUAGAGCCAUCGACACGGGGGAAGAAUUAAAGAACAUCAAAAUGACGGACAGCAAGACAAUCACCGACUACGUGAGUCGAGCGCGAGGCUUGGCGAUGAAAUGUGCAUCAUCGGGGCUGAACACAACGGAACGACAAGUCGUAUAUAGCGUUGUUCGAGGACUCCACAAUAAAUUUGCUCAGAUCCGGGAAAUAUUGAAGACCCAGCGAGAAAAACGACUGGACGAGAACCUGGAAAUCCUCAAAGAAAAAGAGAGAGAGCUGCUGAAGAAGAACAACGGCGACAAAGACAACAGAGAGUCGGCAUACGCGGCUAAAAACUUCCGUAAGAAGGACAAUAAGAAAAAAUGUUUUGUUUGCGGUAAGAUCGGCCACAUGGCUAAACAUUGUUUUUAUCGUAAAGAUAAAUUCGAGCAAGGGGAAAAUAGCGUUACUAAAUUAAUGGAGCGAGGACUUAAAGCUAAUUUUACAGACAACAAAGUCAAAAUAUGCAACGAAAAGGAAGUCAUUGCUACAGGAAGGCGAUUUGGUAAUCAUUUCGCAAUACAGAUGAUUCCUAUAACAAGAGAUACCAGAUAUGAUUAUAAUAACACAUACAGUGUUAAUGAAGAUAAUAAUGUUACUAAUACUGGAAUAAAUAACGAAAUAAAGAAUGUUAAUUGCGAACCUUGUAAAAUGUGUAAAUUACCGCGCAAGCCGCAUAAGAAUAUAAUAUAUGAUCAGAGUGAAAAGUCGCUAGAUUUAGUACAUUUAGAUACAUUUAAAGAGAAAUGCAAGAAUAUACUAGGCAGAAAAAUUAAACGUAUACGCACGGAUAAUGGAAGAGCAUUUGACAAUAAACAAUUUGAUGAGCUUACUUGUCGUGAAGAAAUUGAGCACCAGAAGACUGUCCCAUACAAUCCCGAAAGUAAUGGCAAAGUAGAAAGAGGAAAUCGACCAAGCGGUAAAAAGGGAAUAAUGUUAGAAUAUUCAAGAGAACGUAUUGCAUAUAGAAUAUUUGAUAUUGAAAAUAAGAUAGUUAUAGAAGAACGUAAUGUAGUUUUUGAUGAGAAUCAAAAAGGUAGUAAUUAUUUGAAAAACGCGACAGAUGAUAAAUUUGAGAAUUUAAAGUUAAAAGAGUAUAUGAGUAUUGUAGAUGAUAGAGAUAUUAGUAUAAAUAAUGAUGAAAAUGUUAAUAUUGAUAGGAAUGACCAGGAUAGAAUAGAAGAUGAUAAUAUUAAUGAAGAUGAUCAGGAUAGAAUAGAUGAUAAUAGAAAUGAUCAGGAUAGAAUAGAAGAUCUAGAUGACAGGAAUGUAAACGAGUAUAGAACUCAAGAUAGGGAAAACCGUAAAGUAGAUAGACCAAAGACUUACUUUAGCAGAAAGUCCUAUUUGCAUGGUACAUUAAAAGAAACUGUUUAUUUAGAGCCUCCUCCAGGUUUUGAAAAUAGAUUUGGUAAAGGAAAGGCAUGCAAACUCAAAAAGGCAUUAUAUGGAUUGCCACAAUCCGGACGAAACUGGUAUUGCAGACUCAAAGAGGAAUUGUUAAAUAAUGAUCUUAGACCUUUAGCGUCAGAGAAUUGUAUUUUUACUAACAAUAAUGAAACAUGCUUCUUUGCGUUUGCCUCAUAUGUCAAUGAUUUUACUAUAUUAGACGAUGAUAGAAUAAGGAUAACCAGCGAUUAUACGGGAAUUUACUUAGAUCAAAUAGAAUAUAUAGAGAAACUAUUAGAUAAGCAUAGUAUUGUUGCGUGCCGCGUGUCGCCCGAUACAUCCCUGAAGCGCCAGUCAGCUGACGGACCAAUCGAUAUUUUCGAUCGGCCGGUUGCCGGGAAGAAUUUGUUAUUAAAAUAA